CCUCUUUGAGCUUUUGGUCUCCGACAAGUCCAGACGGAGGAAGAGUUUCUUACGAUUCGGCCACAAACAACUUGAAGCUCGAAUGAUUUGAUUGACGAUGUAUCUCACCAGUGUAUAGAAAAACCUAUCGGACCUUUCAAUUCACAAUGCGUCGUUCCUGUUUUCAAUCGUGGGGGCCGGCGAGAAGCCCUCGAGCUUGCUCACAUGCAUACUUCUCAGUUGUCCACCAGUUGAGAUAUGCAUCCAAGUCAGUAGUUGCAGCUGCAAAGUAUCGCCGCCUGGGGGUAAGCAAGCUCGGACGAGACGUCUACAGGAAAUCGGAUGAAGUCGAACACGCUCUUCUCAACAAUCAACCAGUUGUGGCCCUAGAAUCCACUAUAUAUACUCAUGGUUUCCCAUAUCCUGACAAUGUUUCACUUGCUUUGGAGCUUGAGUCUAUUGUGCGUAGCAAUGGUGGGAUUCCCGCGACGAUUGGAAUCCUGGAUGGAGUAGCCCGGGUCGGUCUAUCCAGAGAGGAACUUAUUGCUCUGGCUUCAUCUGCAGGGAAACCGGAUACUAUGAAGGUCUCAAGAAGAGAUCUCCCAUAUAUCCUUGGAAUGGGUAUAGCUGGACGCAAGUUAAAUGGUGGAACCACCAUUGCCGGAACAAUGUUCCUUGCCCAGAGAGCGGGGAUUAAAGUAUUCGGGACUGGUGGUCUAGGCGGUGUCCAUCGUGGUGGUCAAGACACCAUGGACAUUUCUGCGGAUCUUACUGAACUUGGCCGAACACCAGUUGCUGUAAUAAGUAGUGGUUGUAAAAGCUUUCUCGAUAUCCCUCGGACAUUGGAGUAUCUCGAGACUCAAGGAGCAGGUGUAUUUACAUUCGCUGACGGCCGUUCUGGUGACAUCAACUUUCCGGCCUUUUAUACCCGAGAUAGCGGCGUGAAGAGCCCCAUGGUCGUGCAAAAUGAACGAGAAGCUGCUGCAAUUAUCUUUUCACAGCAAUUCUUUCCCAAGAGUUCUGGCUUACUCUUUGCCAAUCCUAUUCCCGAGGAGCACUCUAUACCAAAAGCUGAAAUCGACGCCGCCAUCGACCAGGCUGUCCAAGAGGCAGCUGAGCAAGGCUUCCAUGGCCAUGCCAACACGCCUUUCAUCCUCGCUAGGAUCAAAGAACUCACAAAGGGCAACAGUAUUCCAGCAAACAGAGCAUUGAUACAUUCAAAUGUUGCUGUGGCUACAAAGGUUGCUGUUGAGCUUUCAAAGUUUAGGAAAGAGUACAGUGACUCCGAAUCCCAGUUUAUUGCAGAGAAAAGCGAAGCUCCAAUUUUUACACCUGUGAUGCCAACACAAAAGGUAGCUACGCCAAAGAAAGAACUAGCAGGCAAAGAUGACCUUCCGGCCAUCAUCGUUUCUGGCUCUGUGGCACUAGAUAUUUCUUGCGAUUACUCUCCUCGUGGUGGAAACACACACGCAGGAUUAUCCACGAUUGGUGGCACUGCUGGCACUUCUCCACAACUGUAUACGUCGAACAUAGCCGCUAUCACCCCAUCAGUAGGAGGCGUUGGCCAUAAUGUCGCCCUUGCAGCCCAACUCGCUGGUGGUGGCUUAUCCGUACAGCUCUGUAGCUUUGUCGUAGAAGACUUUGCCGGCAAUGCAAUUCUAGCUGCUCUCGAAAAAGAGGGUCUGAAGACCACCGGCAUCACGGUCGAGAAACCCUCGGGGAACGACCCAAAGAUCAACAAUAUAGAUAACCGUACAGCUCAGUAUGUCGCUGUCAAUGAUACAAAGAAAGAUCUGGUCGUCGCUAUGGCAGAUAUGAGCAUCUUUGACAGGGAGGGGGCAGUGCCGAAUCUGUCCAAACACAUUUCUCCAAGUUUGAAAUGGAUGGUUGUAGAUGCGAACUGGCAUCAUACUACCCUCGGAAGCAUUAUAAGUCAAGCAAAGUCUUCGAACGUCAAGGUUGCUUUUGAGCCAGUCUCUGUUGCCAAAUCUGCAGCACUUUUUCAGCCACAGAGCUCAAAAAGUAGCCUUAAGAUCAAGCCCUUUCCGAACCACACUAUCGAUCUUGCCACACCUAACCAGCAUGAACUGGCUGCUAUGCAUGCCUCCGCCAAAGAAAAUGGGUAUUUCGAGUCAGAAGAAUGGUGGCAUGUCAUUGAUGCUCUUGGCAUCCCCAGCUCAGGGGCUCGCGACAAAUUUGUCUCCCUGACGAGCAAGAAAAUGACGGACGAGGGUAUACCCCUGCAGACUAUUCAACUUCUACCAUUUAUUCCCACAAUUCUUACAAAACUCGGUGGUGAUGGCGUUCUCCUGACCCAGCUCCUGGAGCCCAAUGAUCCCCGCCUAACGCACCCGGAUUCCGCGCCCUAUAUACUCUCCCGCAAUUUCAAUGGCAGUGAUAAGAUAGCCGGCGUGUAUAUGCGGCUCUUCCCAGCAUUGGAAGUGGUUGAGGAUGUGGUGAGUGUGAAUGGUGUCGGGGAUACAUUCUUGGGUGUGCUAGUUGCCGGGUUAGCAAAGGGCUUGAAGUUGGAUGAGAGGUUGGUAGAUAUUGCUCAGAGAGGAGCUAUCAUGACCUUGCGGAGCAGGGAGGCUGUGAGCCCAGAGCUGGGUCUGCUGAGCGAUAAACUUGAUGCGUUGGUGCAGACUACGCCAAUGUAACCCACGGCUGCUUGGGUUUAAUGUCGUGUCGUUGCGGGAGUCCCAGGCAAAAUGCACAGUCUGGUCCUUCUGGAAGAUUUCAGGAUUCGACGAGAACUGGCAGCGCAUCGGAUGGAUGCCUCGAAAAGCAAAUUAUGUUUGAUCUCCAUCCGAACACUGAGUCCGAAAUUAGCACAGGAAGUCGCUGAUAUGUCCAGAGAAUUCGGACCAGCCUCUGGAAAGUCUGGCCUGGAAAGAGAACGAUGUAUCCUGGUACUACAACAGGUGGG